AGUCGGGGCUGCGUGGAUCUCGCCCUGGGCUGCCAGUGGCACAGAGGAAGGCGUCGCGAUCACCUGGGAGGAGGGACGGUGGGCAGUGAAAGGGUUGGUUGGGGGGGGUGGGGUCCUGUUUCCUCCGGUUUCGCGCCAUGACGGCGAACGAAGACCAGGAGAUGGAGCUAGAAGCAUUACGUUCUAUUUAUGAAGGAGAUGAGUGUUUUAGGGAACUUAGCCCCAUUUCCUUUCAAUAUAGGAUAGGUGAAAAUGGAGACCCUAAAGCUUUCCUGAUAGAAAUAUCAUGGCCAGAAACAUACCCUCAAACUGCUCCAGUCAUCUCUAUGGAUGCAUUCUUCAAUAACUCUAUAGCCUCCACCAUAAAGCAAAGUAUAUUGAACAAAUUAAUGGAAGAAGUUGAAGUUAACCUUGGUACCUCUAUGACAUACACAAUUUUUGAAUAUGCUAAAGAUAAUAAAGAGCUGUUCAUGGAAAACCAACCUAUUAAUACUGCGACAGCUUUGAACAACUGCAUCUCAACCGGACAUCCAGAUGCAGCACAAACUAGUAAGAAAAAAGAGAAAAAGGAACAAUUGACCAAAACACAAAAACGAAAGUUAGCAGAUAAAACAGAUCACAAAGGAGAGCUUCCUCGAGGAUGGAAUUGGGUUGAUGUAAUAAAGGUAACAUACAUCACAGUUGAAAAUUAUUUAAUACAUAUAUAUUUAAGAGACUUCAGCAUUGUCUAAUCUGUUUCUCUCCCUUUCCCUUCUUUUUGUUAACCAUUUUGGACAUGGAUGGCAUUUGGAUUCUCUUCUUGUCCUUAUGUAGCAUGUAAGUAUUUCAGUCUUCCUGAAUUGUUGUACUAGUUUUGAGAUAUCUUUAAUUCCAAGAUUAUUUGGGAUACUUUCCCCUUUUGAUAAGUUUUUAGAGCACUUAUCCUAAACAUGAAAAGAAAUCCUAUUGAUUUAUGUCCACAUAUUUUUUAAACAAAUUCAGAAGUAUUGGCUAACCAGCCUACCACUUUCGUGAAAAGAAUAGUAAUUGUUAGAGCUUUUCAACCAAAUCUGAUGGUAUAAUAUUGAAUAUGCAAGAAAGUGGAAAUCAAAAUAUUGUGUGAUGUUCCCAGAAUUUGUAAAUGUGUGAUUAAUACAGGUUAACUGUUUAGAAAUAAGUUCAGUGCCCACAUGUGGAAUUGCCAUCUCCCUUCAUGCUUUCAUUCUUCCGUUGUUGUAAUUAUGUUGUACACUAGCCUGCUUCACAUAUAACUUUAAACCAAUGCCUAAUUUCCCCCCUGUACUUCAUCACACUGCAUAUUCACUUUUAAACUACAGCUAAGCUCACUAUGGUAUAAAGUGAUAUGCAAACAAGGCCAUUGACUGUAGUGCUAAGCGAUGGCUUCCAUGUGUGAAGGAACUAUCACAGAAGAAUCACAACAAAUAAAACUUUGUAGUAAUCUAAUGUUAAUUAAAAAAACAAUACUUUAAGGGCUGCCUAAUAAGUGGUAAAACAUGUCUACUGAGUUUCAUUAAGGUUGCCACAAAGCAUCUGAUGAACUGCCCCAGGCCAAGACAUAGCCUACCUUUUUGUUUCCAUGCACUGAGAUUCUGAUCAGUGCUAUAGUCCCAGGUUCGUACUUUCAGGGUUCCUUUUUUCACUCUAUGUGUCUCCAACCCUUUCAGCAGCCUUUUGUAUAAGCAGCUCUCUUCGUUUUGGCAGUAAAUCUGGCAGUUACUGAAUUUUGUGACAUUCUAAAUACUAGCAGUACCAGUCACAGAUACCUGCCUUUAAGAAAGAAAAAGUUAACAGAAAAUCUGCAGAUUGGGGCCAAGAAAAAUGGAAGCUUCUGAAUAUUUGAAUCUUCUUUUCAGCUAAGCAAAACUGGCUCCAAGGAUGAUGAAUAGGAGGACACUGAUAUAGGAAAACAUCAACUUUUACUGCAACACUGUUUGGAAUCAACUGCCAUAUUCUCUCUUUUUUCAUUUACAUUUUAUAAAACGACAGUUCCUCACACAUUGUAAUCGGAAAAGGUGUGCUUACCUAGAGGGAAAUGUUUUUUCUAUCCAUAAUCACUUUCUUCAUAUCACAUGUUUGCCUUUAAAGAAAUUAGGCUGAAGAUGGUCUCCUUCUAUUUGGAUGUCAACUAUCAGGACUCUGAAUAUAACAAUAUGUAAUUUGUUUUUAUACUGUUUGACCCUGUACUAAAUCAUGCAAAACUGAAAGUGAAUCAUCUAAUGCUCUAGCUGCUAGUCUUAUUUUGUAUUUCUUUCUUGCAUAGCUGCUUCAGUGUUAUUUCAAAUACUAUUCAUUACUUAUCCAGUUUUUCAGAUGAAAUCUACAAUGACAGGCUAAAUUUUGGAAAAAUAUUGGAUCUUCCUGUACCGUGGUAUUCUUUAAAUGCAUUUUUCAACCUAAUCCCAUAGGUCUCCUUCUAGCACAGCUUCCCAGCUGUAAUAUAGUCACGGUCCUAGAAAGCAAAACAGGAUCGUGAGGUACAAAAGAUAAGGUAUCAACUUUUAUUCCCAUGGCAAAUCUGCAGUUGCCUACCAGCCACUAAUGAUGCCCUUGCAUUGGUACAGUCCCUGCAUCGGUUAUCAGCCCAUGGCAAAGAACAAAUGCACUCAUAUGAUUGAGCCAUUACACAUGGUGUCCCAUGUACAACUAGAGAGAGAUGGCUCCACCUCUGCAUGCUGCAGGGAGGUAGCAGUAGGCAGAAGCUACAACCACCAGACCUCCCUUCAGACAGGGAUUAAAUCUUCUGCCAAUCCACAGCCUACAACAACAAUACUUUUGCCAGGCAAACAAGAAGGGAAGAAAGGAGAACCAUUCCAUUGGCAACCCAAUAGCCUAGUGAGCAGAUCCAUGGGCUCUGAGAAUUGUGGGCCCUUGAACGAGAUUUGCGAUUUGCUCUGGGAUCAGUGAUCAUGCACUGACAACUGUCGGAACACUCCACAUAGCUUAUAUGUUGGUGUCUUCCAUGGAGAGAAAAGAGUUUUUUGCUAAUGGAGAAGUCAGAGGCAAGAAAGGAGGGACAGUAUGGUAGGGAGCUCACAGCAGAAAGCAUCAGGAGUUAUCUGGUAGUUUGUUGGGAUGGAGAACUGUAACAUGAGACAGAAUAGAAUGAAGUCACUGCCUGCCACAGGAAUUAGCAUAAGUUAGACCCACAAUGUGGCUUUUGUAGCUACCCAACAACCUAUGCUAUGACACACACCCUUUCCCCUAACCAGUGAUGGCCAAACUUGGCCCUCCAGCUGUUUUGGGACUACAAUUCCCAUCAUCCCUGACCACUGGUCCUGUUAGCUAGUGAUGAUAGGAGUUGAAGUCCCAAAACAGCUGGAGGGCCAAGUUUGGCAAUCACUGCUCCAAACCAUGUUUAGAUGCAAUUGGAUAGACUAGGUGUGACCGUUUCAUUUGGAGCUGCAACUUGGUGGAAUGGGAUAGCAGAAGCUUCAUUGACAUUGGGUUGCAAGUUCAAUCUCUGGAUGAAAUAUCCUAGCAGAAGAGGCUGGAAAAGAGCUGCAUGUAUAGACAUUCUUGAGGCAGGGCAGUACUACAGCCAAUGGGAGUCAACGGUUCAUGAGCCGAUAGCCCUAUUUAAAUAUUUGCUUGCCUUGCAUAGAAGUUGAGGUGUUUUAAUCUUUUUUACAGUUGAUUUUAAUUAACUUUAAAUGUGUUUAAUGACUUUAACUGUUUUUGUUGAUAAUUUUAAUAGUUCUUGUGAACUAUUUAGAGGUUUUACUACAGUCAAGCAGUUUUUCAAAUUUGGUUGAAUAAAUAAAAUAAAGUUAUGCCCCAGAAUGCCAUCAUUUCUCCCAGCUCCUUUCACCCUGGCCAUGAAUCUUUUCCCAUAAACCUUUGGUUGGUUGCCGGUAGCCACUGUAGAGGCAAUGCCCCAUUUGUACACACCCUUCUAC